AUGGAAAGACCUGUUGUUUGCGAGAUCUUUAAAGAGCCUUCUCUUUUAGAGCCUCUUACCAGGAUAAUUAUGUAUAUAGAGCACUUGUGCGUUGCAGGGAAUGCUUAUUUUCUGGAAGGACUAUGCAUGAAGGUUUUAAGUAAAUGCAUUUAUGGACGCCCAAAUGAAGCUACUAAUUUACAGCACAGGAAGGAAAGUGUAUGCUUACAGAAUAAUUUACAAGUACAUUGCAAGCAUACAUAUUCUUGGCGCUGUGCAGUAGUAUAUAGAGAUAUUUCAGUUAUACUUGCCUGUAUUAUGGCAGUGGCAGUGGUUGAUCUACUGUAUAUUUACAUAGAUAUAUGCAUAUGCAGUACUUCUAUAAUACCACUGUGCAUUAUACUAAGAAUAGUAAUGUAUAGGCAUAUUUUAUAUGGCGAUAUAUUAGAUCACACAACACUAAUAGAUGCAGAUAUAAUUUUCCAUUGCAGAUACAGCAGAAUAUUCUUCUAUUAG